CGGUGGAGGAAGAGCGAGAGAGAGAGAGUGCACCAAGCAUCUGUUCUUUACUCUUGGUUCUGAACUCGCACUUGUUUCCGCCAGAGGUGAGCGUGAGUGUGAGUGUGUGUGUGUGAUGUAGCAGCUCCACUCCCAUCAGCACAACUGAUCCAGCAGAGUGUGUGCAUGUCUGUAUGAGACCCUGACAAAGGACAGAGAUGGACAGAAGAAUGGUGGGAAUAAGAGGAGGGCUAAAGAAGAGCAAAUACCUUGUUCCCUGCUUCCUCUGCGUAGAGCUGGUGAUUAUGUCCGGGACGGUUCUGCUGGCGUACUAUUUCGAGUACACGGACACGUUCCCGGUCCACAUCCAGGGGUUCUUCUGCUUCGAUAAAUCGUUCUCCAAACCGUACCCGGGCCCCGAGGACUCCAGCAGAGCUCCCCCCGUUCUCGUCUAUUCACUGGUCACUGCCAUUCCCACCAUCACGAUCCUGAUAGGUGAGCUGGCAUUGUUCUUCUCAAAGCCUGAGGCCCUGCAGGAGAGAACCAUCGUAUCUGCAGACUGCUGCUACUUCAACCCUCUGCUGCGUCGCAUUGUACGCUUUCUGGGUGUUUACUCAUUCGGUCUCUUCACCACCACCAUAUUUGCCAAUGCUGGUCAGGUGGUGACAGGAAACCAGGCACCCCACUUUCUGUCUGCUUGCCGUCCCAACUACACAGCGCUGGGCUGCCACUCCCCACUGCAGUACAUCUCAGAGCGGCGGGCAUGCACAGGAAACCCCUAUAUUAUCAGCUCUGCCCGAAAAUCAUUUCCAUCCAAAGACGCUGCACUCAGCACCUACUGCGCCAUCUACACAGUGAUGUAUGUCACUUUAGCAUGGAGGACUAAAGGCACACGCCUGACAAAACCCACACUCUGCCUCACUCUGAUCUCAUUGGCUGUGCUGGUGGGCGUGGUCCGUGUGGCAGAGUAUCGAAACCACUGGUCUGAUGUGCUGGCUGGUUAUGCCACAGGGGGAGCUAUAGCCGCUUUUCUGGUAAAAUGUGUGAUAAAUAACUUUAAGCAGACACAGUCUGCCCCAACACUACAACAUAUUCGAACUCCCCGGCCAGAACCUUCCCUAAGCAUGCCCAUGGUGGCUAUGCCCAGCGUGGAGAGUCCACUAGAAAAGUUAAGUGGCCCUCAGGUUCCAGUCACGCUCUAUUCAGGGGUCACAUGACCAUCAGCCCUUCCUAGUCCCCGCCCCUCCCGACGUUCUCAUUCACUCACGACGCACCAUUACCAGCGCAGUCUAGACCUGCCCUCAGAAUGCCCCACCCACUCCAGUGCCCAACCCAACCUCAUCAGAGGUUACACCACACAGGUCUAGACACAUCUUCUCACAGCUGACUACUACUGGACUAAACAGCAACAACAGCAAUAUUGCUCUCUAUCAUUUCCCACCAGAUGACACUUUUGUAUCAGUACUGUUUAUGUUAAUUAUUUCCCCUCGUCUUUUUUCCUCCUCAUCUUUUGGAUCUUCAUAAGCUAAGCUGUGAAAAAAGCCUCAAGUGUAGCGAGGAAACUAAGACUGGAACAAAACUAAACACUUUUAUAACCUGGGACUGAAAGUAAAUUAGUAAAUUAGGUAAAAAAAACUGAAGUGAAAUUUAAUAAGAAUGAAAAAUGUAAACAUAAAAAUAGAGUAGGUAUUUUAGAGUUAUUAUCAGUAGUAUUAUCUAGUACUAAAAGAUCCUUCUGACCUGUAAAAGUCACAGGUAGAUAGUGUAUAUUUUAUAAUACAGAUUAUGGGACUGUUAAUACUAAAACUAAAACAUUUUAACACACUAUAAAUAUAUACAUAUAUUUUUCCAAUGACAAAAAAAUAAAAAAAUACAGGAAAAUAGAAAAUAGAGUAGAAACUGUAGCGCUAGAGUGUGUAGCUGUGUCCUGUUCUGUGUGUUAUUAUUGACCUGCACCACAAAAAAUAUACACAAUUUAACACCUAUUAUAAAAUUUCUCAUUUUUUCAGAUUGUGGUAAGUAAAACAAUAUAAUACAAUAUAAAAGAAAAAUGACAAAAAAGUACAGUUACACAUAGAGCCCAAGCCAUUAUCUUACCUAAUAUAUACUCUAAUCACCAAUACAUCACAAGCUCUAUACUUUCACAAAUAUUUAAUUUAAUUAAAUCUACGUCCAUUAUCAUUUCUAACCAGCCUUUGUUGCUGUGCUUUAAUCAGCAAUAUAUACAUUAUUUGAAACAUUCAGCUGUUCUGAUGUGCAAUAAUAUAAAGAACAUAGUUUUUACUUAUUUGUAAAACAUUUUACUUGUUUUAAGUGAAUCUUUUUAUAAUACUCUGCUGAUUAUAAUGUUUGUUUCUUGAAACAGCGAAAACUAAUCUGCCUGCUUUCACUAUCUUCAAAUAAAAUGACUUAAAACAAGUAAAAUAAUCAUAUAGUAUUUUUAAAUCAACCUGUUCCUGAGAAAUAUUUUGAUUUAAGGUCAUUUCGUAAUCAAGUAUAUAAUUAUUUGUGGUGUAGUUUGACGCUGAUUGUGUAAAUUUACUGUGAAAUCCAGCAUUUAACUCUCACUCACUCAGGAGAGCCGAAAUCGGGGUUCUACACAACUUUGUUUAAAUGUUGUAGAUGAAGUUAAAGGUGUAUUUUUUGUAGUUAUAAGGUGUUUUAAUCUUUGAUUGAUAUGAGAUUGUUUACAGUCAGAAAGGUGAAGGUUAAACUGCAGAAUCAGAACAAUGUUUUAGGACAAUUAUAGUAUGUAAUAUUUUGAGUAAUAAUAACAAUAAUAAUGAAUAUACAAAUAUAGGAUGUAGCAACAGUUUUAUAUGUUAUGAUCAUUUAAUCUAUUUCUUGUCAUUUUAGUAAUAAGUACUAGCAGUUUCGGCCUUGGUUCCAUUUAGAACCUUAAAUACCAGUUUCUGUCUGAUGUUUCUGCAGAGUAUGAUUGACUACCACCAGCAAUUAUUUCAACACAUUUCCCUCACAACAGAAAACACUCUGUUACAACAGGAGUCAGUGAUGCAGUUGAUGUAUUCCAUCAGUACAUAAAGCAUGUAUAGCUUUUUAAUUUAUAUAAAGGACCGGUUAUUCAAGGGUCUGCAUAGAAUCAUUGAGCGUUGGAUGUUUAAAUGUUUUUUUAAAGGACUCUUUAAUGGAAAAUCUUAGUGGCUAGUUCUAGAGACCAUUAUUUGUUAAAUAAACAGCAUAGAUGCCAUUACACCAUAAAGCUAAAGUUGCUCCUGUCACUGAUUCUAAAACUGACCACUGGUUUCUGUUAUGCAGUUGUACCAAAGUGUGUGCACCCCAAUUCACUACAAAUAUGUAGUUUAUAUUUUCUACAAUAAUAUGCAGAAAUGUGUCUGUAUAGGACUGUUUAAAAAUACAAAUCAAUAUAUUAGAAAAAAAAUUAAUAACCAUAUGUACAAACUUUUGUAUAUGAUUCAGUUAGGGUUUUCUGUAUCUUUUGAAAUAAUUGAUUAUGGUAAUCAACCAAUCUGUGAUUCAGAUGGGACAUCUGUUUAACACAUGAUUGGGUGCUAACUCUGGCCACACGGUGGGGCCAGUGGGAAACAGCACUGCACAGUUCUGACUGUCAGUCGCCUGGCUCUGCUACAGUUUUCUAAUGUCAGUGUCUUGUGUGUCUCUGUGUAUGUUUCUUAACUAAAUGAUUCAAUAGUUUAGACUGGUUUAGAAUGAUGUCACUGUCUGUAAGUUAGACAGUGAAGAUGUCCACGUUCAUCAUCUGUUAGCCACGGCCAUUUGUACAGAACUGUAAAUAAAUCUCUUUCUCAGAAAAAGCUAUUUUAUGAAAACACUGAAUGUCACUCCAGGAUCUAAGAUGCUGACCACACCACUGAGUGGCUCAGUGAUAUAGAUGUAAAACAUUCACCUAAAUUCACCUAAAAUCACCUAUCUUUCCUCACAAACAGACUGUUUAAAUUCAUUUGGGGGAUAUUUUUGUAAUGAAAAUAGCAUAUUUAUGUAUAUCCCUCAUUUAGUAUAUAUUAGUGUAGCCCCACUUAGCCUGCAGCAGUUUAGCCCCACUAAUUAGCACCUGAACUUCUGAAGGAAGUAAACAUUGCUGUGGAUGAAAAUUUACCUACAGCAAAGAUCAAUGAUAAUCAAUUUUUGUUCAUAUUGACGUUUGAUGUUUUUUCAGUGUUUUUCUAUAUGAAGUGUUGAGUCAGAACAGGAAUGGGUUCACAUAGUGCUGCUUGAGUGUUACAAAUAUGUUCUAAUGUAGCCCCUUUUCCUUUUUUAUAACAGUUGAAUAUGAAAAUAAAUUAUAAUAAAAGCAUCUGAAGAACAACAUUUCAUUGUC